AGAUGGAUCCAAAGCUUCGUCCGUCCUUUCCAGAAAUAGUAAAAAUGAUAGAAGAGAUAAUGCCACAAUUAGAAGAGGAAGACCAAGAGAAAUGUGCUGACAGUGAAGAAGGUAGAGAAACCAAGCCAAUUAAUCUUCAGAAAAGUGCAGGAGAGAAAGGACUGGCAAUAAAAAGGUGCAGCCCCCUUCGACUUCCAGGUGAUAAGGUUCCUCCCAAGUCUCCUCGACCUCGUCGAAAUAUAUGGCUUUCUCGCAGUCAGUCAGACUUCUUCACCCGGAGAGGGAGCCGGAAGAUUAAUGUCCAAGAUCCUUACUAUACCCCGUGCAAAGGAACGUCACGCAAGGUUAACCCCUUCAAUGCCAGGCAGGACCUGAAAGGUGGAAAGAUCAAAUUUGUGGACACACCAAGUAAAUCAGUAAUAUCACUUGCAUUUGACCUGCCGUCACCUGAUGCUGUAAGCUACCCAGUCACUUCAGUAUCCCAGGUGAAACAGUGCUGCAUUGGAGAUUUUCAGGAAUCUUUACCCUCUGAGAGACAAUAUAGGUCCCUUCCGGCUUCUCCUGAUCUUUCAACAAAAGAAUGUCACAGUUUUGGGCCCUUUUCACUAAAGCUUGGGAAGUGUGACCCUAUGCAGCUAGAAACAGAUGCGCGGCAAAAAGUGUCAAGCAAUUCCAUAUACUCUGAGUUGGAAAUUCCACCAUUUAAGUUCAAACCGCAGGCACAGGAAUGUGAAUCAUUAGAACAGUUUGCUAUGGACUGUUCAGCAAGUGAAUGCCCACAGGAUGAAAAUGAAACAUGUGCAAAGAACAGGAAACUAUUAAAGCUAAAAACUAAUGAAAGCAUGGUUGUCCUUGGGCAAGAAAGUUUGAAUUGUAAUAAUGUGACUGGAAGUGUUGGACCAAAUUUAGGUGGUGCAUCAUUCAGCCAUUGGGAUAGUUUAGUUUCUGGUGAAGAAAUGGAGGAACAGGAAAUGCAGAGGGACCUGUCUAAAUUAGCGAUACCAGAACCUAAGUCACCUUUCCAUGUGAAUACAGCUCUGAAACGCGAUGAAGUUGAUCCGAGUGAUUCUGUUUUUCCAUUUGAAGCUUCUGACAUGGAAGGGCAUCCAUCUGUAGUACUGACUCCAUGCAUGACUUCAAAUCCAUGUCACCUUCAGUCAAAAUGUGACAUUUGA